GAGAUAACGAGAGACUCGGGGGUCCGUCGUCUACAAAAGAAGGUCGUGUCUAAGAUUAGAAGCAAAAUUUACAAUUAUGUAAGCGAGUCGAUGAUCCAUUUCAAUGAGGGCGAAUGUUUAUUGUUGAAUUGCCAUUCCUGUAACCGAGUUCUUCUAGAAUUUAUUUUGCAAAUUAGGGCUAACUCUAUACAAACACAGUGAUUAUAGUUUGAUCUGGCUGGCUAUGUGAGGAUAGACGCUUCGCUGUUUUUCUCUUCCGUGUCUCUCUUAGCGUUCAAUUCAACACCAGUUUGGGUCAAUGGAGAACAGCAUCGGUCAAAGCUCCUCCCCAACACAAAGAAGAUGGAGAAAAGUUGCUUACGGAGGUAUGCAGCCUGGUUUUGAUGACAAUCACACUGACAACACUUUCCUUCAAGAAAUGGUGAUGAAUGCAAAUGUAGUCAAAAGAGACAUGCUUAAGGUGAUGCUAGAUUCCAUUUCCAUAUCUCAAUACCUUUGCAUUGUAGCACUUGUGGUUUUGGUCUGGACCCACACUCUCAAUUCCACAAUCACUCACAACUUUUUAUUAAUUCUUGAUGUCGCCCUUCUUGCAUCUGGCUUCUUUAUCCUCCUCUUAACAGCCAAAAUGCUUUCAUUCACUCUUCUCAUCAACUACUUAAUCAAAAUCUCCUUUUUCACAACCAGUCUAUAUGUCUUAUCCCCAAUAUACCACACGUUGACCAGGUCAAUAAGUUCAGAUUCCAUAUGGGCGUUGACCACAUCACUCAUAAUCCUCCAUCUCUUCCUCCAUAACUAUUCUGGAUCCACCAUUAAAGCUCCUGGAGCUUUAGAAAUUAAACCGACUUUAACCAGUAAUAUUUCACUUAAUGCUUCCAUUGUGGCUUCACUUUUGAUUGCUUCUAGGCUUCCUUCAAGGGUUCUUGUGUUUGCUGUCAUUUUGUUUUCAUUGCAGGUUUUUCUUUUUGCACCUUUGGUGACUUAUUGCCUUAAGAAAUACUCAGUAAGGUUGCACCUGUUCUUCUCAUUGGUGUUGAUGGUGAUGACUUUGAGCUGUGUUUAUUGUCUGCAUAAACUGAUGUUUGUGUUGUUGUUAGGAGUGUUGAGUUUUGUGAAUUUGGUGUGUCCUUAUUGGUUGAUUAGGAUUCAAGAGUAUAAGUUUGAGAUUAAUGGGCCAUGGGAUGAGGCGAAGUUAUGUUUCAACAUAACAGACUGAAAUGAAUCCAUGGCUUUUUUACUUUUUUACUUUUUCAGAAUUUUCUAAUAUCGAAUUCUCCUGUAAUUAUGGUAAAAAAGUGACAGAUUUUAAAGAAUUAUUAUAGUUAAUUCUUGAAUAUAUAGCAUGACUCUAA